UAUGUAAAUGACGUAUUAUGAAAUCUCGAUUAUCACUUUACCAUGCGAGAGUAUAAAAUGUUCGGUGACACCCGAACUUAGCCCUUCCUUACUUGUUUUUUAAUAUUUUUUGUAUUUUUGUUCUUACGAGCAUUUUUUUUACCUAGAAACUGAAUGUUUCUUUUUGCUGUUUGAGAGUUUAUUGUAGACGCUUUUUAUUCCAUCCGUUUUUUCUCACACGAACUAGUCCAAAUUCGGGAGCAGCCAGAUCGUGCAGUGGUUGUAGAAGCGUUUAAACGGGAAAUGGGACGAAUUUGUUCUGGUGUUCGGGAAACAGGUGCACUAACACUUUGAUCUAGCUGAAGUGGGGGGCAAGUGCGCAAGUGAAAAAGUUCGUAAAUGACAAAAAGCAACUCUGUAAGGCGACAAGCACAUUGGAAAUUGCGUUUUGCGCAUUUAUUUUUACCCCUUCGCAAUGGCAGCACUCUGUAUUGCGUAAACGACUGUCAAAUCUGUGCGUUUAACGUAUUUUUGAUUCGAUAUCAAACUGGCAAGCGCAACGGACAAAAAAUGGAACAUUUUAAAAAUAAACAAACAAACCCAACACAGUUCGAAAUUUUAAUCAAUUACAUGAAAACACAUUCGGAACUUUCCAAAGGACAACUGAAAACUGUGGACGCGAAAAAUGCUGCAAAUAAUUUAUGGAAAGAGUUGGUAUGUGACCUUAAUGCUGCGGGGCCACCAUCGCGCGAUGUUUUAAAAUGGAAAAAGGUUUGGUCGGAUUAUAAAACUCAGUUGAAAGCAAAAAUGCGUCGGAAUAAAAUCAGUAUUUCUGGAACUGGUGGUGGUCCUCCAAGUCAUUGCUCCUUAACACCGUUGGAGGAGCAGGUUAGUGAGCUUCUGGCAAUCGAAAUAUCCGUCAGUGGAAUAAGCGGCACCUCACCAAGUGGGUCAGACAUUACAACCGACGAAUUCCGACAGAAUGAACCAACGCCAGUGGAUGAAAUGCCACAUUGUUCACGUCAGAGAGUCGCUCCGCAAAAGAAAGAUAGCCUUUUAAAUAAGCAGGUGGAUAACCAAAUCGCUUAUCACAAAGGUUCAUUAAAAGUGUUGUCUGAAAUUAAUGUAAACCUAAAAGUGAUUUCAAAAUGCAUGAAAAAAAAACAUAAAAUGAGUAAAAAAAAUAUAAAUUGGCUGUUGAAAAAUUCGAACACAAAAAAAGGAUUGAUUUGGACAAAACAAAACUAA